UCUGUGUGUAUUUAGUGAGUCAGGCAGUCAGGAAUGAGCACAGAAAACAACCCCCUGCCCCUGCUUCCCAUUCCGUGCAUCCCCAGAAAGCUUUGUCUCUGCCAGGCUGCCCAGAAGGCUCUUCUCUUCCACUUCGACCCUGGAAGGAGCAGGAGAUUUCAACUUAUAAGUCAGAAACCAGGUCCGACUGAAUGCAGGGACUAAGUGUCAGGGCGCCUUAAGGGGAGUGAAGCUAGACGUUCCUUGGCUCCUGACCCAGAUAUCUGGAAACCAUCUCUAGUGGAACAUGUUCUGCUGUAAUUUGCCUUCUGAAUUAAUCUUUAACCCAAAAUGUAAAUAAACUUUGUCUCUGUGCCUCUACCCUCUUCCAAUAGUUUUUGGACAGCUGGGCGCUCUUGGGUGCCAGGUAGCCAUUAAUUGUUUAUCGCUGUGGGAGAGUCAUAGAGUGAGGAAGGAAGGCGUUUGGAUGAGGCCUCCUGACCCACUUGGAAAAGUCCUGAAAGGGUUUGUUUAGCAUCUUUACUGGGUCGGAUUUGGAGUAUUUCACAGCUCGGCCCCUUGGCAGAUUUGAGCAGCAGGACUUUGCCUCUACAGAAGCCCUUUUUUCUGUUGCUGACUGUCAGUCGGGCCAAGAGACAGCGAAAAGGCUGGAAAAGAUUUGUAUCCUUCUAACCCAAAGCUGCCUGGAAAUAUUGCCUGGAGAAACCAAUGCAGUUUGUUCCUUCUGUUGCCCUUGUGUGACUUUGUGUUGGCGUCUCCCUGCAGGACAGUUCCAUAUCAUGUAAACCCCCCACUUCCACCUGCUCUCAGCCUUGUGCUCCCCACUUUCCCGUCUCUCGGCUCCCCGUUGCCCCCCACUCAUGGCCUUUGAGAAGAAUUCAGCGCUUUUCCAGUCGUUUGUGAUGCAGCGACCCCAGAUGGGGCAGGUUCUGGGGGUUCCGCUGGAUCAGAACAUAUGCGACGCCUGGAAUGACAUCUGGAAUUUUCGCGCUCACCCUGAGGAUGUUUUGUUGGCUUCAUACCCCAAAGCAGGAAUCACAUGGAUGCAGGAGGUGGUGGAUAUGAUUUACCAGGAAGGGGACACAAACAAGUGCCUCAGAGCCCCCACUUAUGACAGACACCCCUUCCUCGAAGCAGUGCCCCCCAAACCGGUGCCAUCAGGUCUGCAGUUAGCCGAAGAGAUGGAACCCCCCCGGGUCCUUAAAACUCACCUUCCCAUACAGCUGAUCCCUCCAUCAUUUUGGAAGCAGAACUGUAAGGUGAUAUACGUUGCACGGAAUGCGAAGGACACGCUGGUCUCAUACUUUCACUUCCAGAGGAUGACCAAAGGCCUCCCCGACCCGGGGACCUGGGACGAUUACUUUAUGGCAUUCCUGUCUGGGACACUUCCUUGGGGCAGUUGGUUUGACCAUGUAAACGGCUGGUGGAAGGCAAAAGACAAGCAUCGAGUCCUGUAUGUAUUUUAUGAGGACAUGAAGAAGGAUCUGAGGCUUGAGAUUCAGAGGGUCGAGAGUUUCCUGGAUAAGGAUCUCCCUGAAGAGGUUCUGGAGAAGAUCUGCCAGCACACAACCUUCCAGGCCAUGAAGGAGAACCCAAUGGCUAAUUACACCACCAUGCCCACCACUGUGAUGGACCAAUCUGUCUCCCCUUUCAUGCGGAAAGGGAUUGUCGGGGACUGGAAGAACCACUUCCUGGUGGCCCAGAAUGAAUUGUUUGACUGGGAAUAUAAACGGAGAAUGGACGGAACUGGCCUGGAUUUCUGCACCCAGAUCUGAUGGGCAGGGCCCGGGCCCAUAAUAACGAGUUUUCAUAUCGAAGUUACUGCAUUUUCGCAUUUGAUUCUCUUCUAUUAAAAAGAUCUUUUCACUCA